GCGCGGUAUAUGGAGAAAGAUGGGGGGUCCAGCGUUCCGCGAUUUAGCAGCACUGGUCGAGAACUCCUUUAUCUCCGGAAAGAAUGGCCGACGCGAAGACAGAAGCUGUUUCUCCGGCGAAGAAACUGCCGGCAGUGCCGGAGUCGGUGCUGAAAAGAAGAAAACGCCGCGAGGAAGUUAAGGCCGCGCGUCUACAGAUAUCCAUCAAGCAACGCGCGGAUCGCUACAAGAAGAGGAAGCAGAUCUUCAAAAGAGCCGAGGAAUACGUGAAGGAGUACAGGAGGAAGGAGAGAGAUGAGAUCCGGUUGAUGAGACAGGCGAAGAACCGCGGGAAUUACUACAUUCCGGGCGAAGCGCGUCUCGCAUUCGUUAUCCGUAUUCGAGGUGUGAACCAAAUUGCUCCCAAAGUGCGGAAGGUGCUGCAGCUCUUCCGUCUGAAACAGAUCAACAAUGGCGUCUUCGUAAAGCUGAACAAGGCGACGAUCAACAUGUUACGCAUCGUCGAGCCCUACAUCACGUGGGGAUACCCGAACUUGAAGUCGGUGCGCGAGUUGCUCUACAAACGCGGCUUCGCCAAGAUAAACAGGCAGCGCGUACCUAUCACCAGCAACUCCAUCAUCGAGAAGAAGCUGGGCCGAUCUAACAUCAUCUGUACUGAAGACUUGAUCCACGAGAUAUUCACCGUCGGUCCGAAAUUCAAAUUCGCUAGCAAUUUUCUGUGGCCCUUCAAGCUUAAUACGCCAAAUGGUGGAUGGCGUAAGAAGACCAACCAUUACGUGGAGGGCGGUGACUUCGGUAACCGAGAGGAUAAGAUUAACGAGCUCCUAAGAAGGAUGAUAUAAGUUCAUAGAAAUCUUCGUAAAUAAAAUCCUCUAAAAUGUU